AUGGCAGAUUCGUCUUCUCCUCCCCCGGCUGCUGAGGCAGCUUCUGUCAUCACUCCCAUCAACCUGGUUCUCCUCUCCCUAUUUGUUGUCCUGGUCUACUUCCGCCUCAAACCCGCAAAGCCGCAGACUCUCCCAAAAGCCCCGCCGCCCACCGUCUUCCGUACAUUCACCCCACCGGAACUGUUCCCUUACAAUGGCCUGAACGGCAUGCCCGUGUACCUUGCGGUUCGCGGGCGGGUCUUCGAUGUGACCGCUGGCAAGAAUUUCUAUGGUCCGGGUGGUCCCUAUGCCAACUUUGCGGGGCGAGAUGCCAGCCGUGGCCUUGCUUGCGGUAGCUUCGACGAGGACAUGCUGACCGAAGAUCUCGAUGGGCCACUUGAUACUCUGGAGGAUUUGGGAGAGGAGCAGAUAGAGGCCAUGCGCGGCUGGGAAGAGAGGUUCUCGGAGAAGUACCUUGUUGUAGGCAAGUUAGUUGCCGUUGGUAGCGACGAAGCAAAAGCAGCAGCCGCGCAGAGGUGA